AUGAAUCUUCGGGACGUCAAUAGGAACCGGAACAGAGAUGACAUGAUGAAUUCCGAUGAAAUUCCUCAUCAAGUGCAGGUGGAUCUUACUGUCUGCUGUGCCAUAUUGAGCUCUACUUAUGGAUCCUUCAUGCAAUAUAUCUCGGUAGCCGGGGGAAAACUCACAGUCCUUUCUUAUGUAGCAAGUUUAUUGUGGAUUUACUUUACUCCACCAGGGAGAAUGAACAUGAGGUUCUUACUCACCAUGUUGGUUGCUUAUUCAUUUGGUGCUUCUAUUAGCACUUCUACCAUUUAUCUCUUCAAAAUCAACCAAGACUAUGUUCUCAGACUUUGGGCUGCUAUAACAGUUAGCACUGGAAAUUUCUUGCAUAGAGCCAUCAAAGCAGCGGAAAGGAGUGAAAUCAACUUCGGUUUCCUGAAAUAUUGUUAUAUUGUAAUGAUCUCCGGAACUGUUCUCAUUCACUUGGACAUAGAUACAACCUUCUGGUUCAUAACGAUAAUUGCUCUGCAGAUAGUGUUCAUGGCGUACCUUAUGAUAUAUAGCCAAGAGAUACUGGUACAGAAAUCGAACUACACGAACACAAUUGAAGCAGAUGCAGCUUUGGAGAAAUACUGA